ACCGGCGUCCUAUUUUCUCGAGUCGAUCUACUUCCUUUAAUGGCGAGCAACGAUCCCGAUCGCCAGGAGGAGGCUGCCGCCGGCGACGAUGAGGACACUGGCGCUCAGAUCGCCCCCAUCGUCACCCUCUCGGAGGUGGCCGUCACCACCGGCGAGGAGGAAGAGGACGUCCUUCUCGAUCUGAAGGCGAAGCUGUACCGGUUCGAUAAGGAUGGGAACCAGUGGAAGGAGAGGGGUUCGGGGAGCGUGAAGCUUUUGAAGCACACUGAGACGGGCAAGGUGCGGCUGGUGAUGCGCCAAGCCAAGACCCUCAAGAUCUGCGCCAACCAUCUAGGUGGACCGCUUGUUUCCGUUCUUGGUUUUUGGUUCUAUGUUUAUCGUCGGAUCGGUGUGUGUAAUUUUGUGGUUGCUGUCUCAGUUGUUCCGUCGAUCAAGAUUCAGGAACACGCGGGGAACGAUAAGUCGUGCGUGUGGCAUGCGUCCGAUUUCGCCGAUGGGGAACUCAAGGAGGAGAUGUUCUGCAUUCGGUUCGGCUCUGUUGAAAACUGCAAGAAAUUCAUGGAGAUGAUUGAAAGCAUUACUGAAUCGCUUGGAGAGAGGGAAGAGGAAGAGAGCGAGGAUGCGGCAGCUGCUGCUGCUGGGCUUCUGGACAAGUUGAGCGUCGAUGGAAGCCAAAAAGCAAAGGCGGCGGCUGCGGAGGAGGAAGUUGCAGCUAAGGUGGAAGCCAAAGCUGAGCAAUCUACCAAGUCGGAGGAUUGAUGGUAGCGGAGGAGGAGAGGAGAGGGUAUAUGAUAUAUUUACUUGGGUUGGAGAAGUUCCCAUGCUUUUAAGGGACAGCAAAGAGUGUGUAAAAAUAUGACUUUGUAAGUCAUGAUGGGGUCGUGUCAAGUCGGUGGAGUCUCUCUCUUGUAUGAUUGAUUGGAGUGGUGUCGUCUGAGUGCGUGAUGGAAUAUCAUUGUCAUGGAUGCUAUAUGCCCCCGUUGUUUGAAUGAUUUCAUUGGUAAAUUGGCUUUUUGUUUUA